CUCGAGUCUUUUUGGGGAGUUGAUGAGCUGGGCGCGCUGUCGGCCCUCCCCCGCCCGCCUGCCUGGAGGCCUUGUGGGAUGGGCCUUGGCGCGCGAAACGUCUCCCUCCUCAGCCAGCGCCCGCGCAGACGCAGUGCUGAGCCCACGCCUGCGGAACAAAGGGUGAGGUCCGGAGCUAGGAGUCAUGGCUGCGACGGAGCCGAGCUUGGCGGCUGCUGCGGGCCUCACGUCGCCGCCAGAGAAGGAGGAAGAAGGAGCCGGCCUGAGCUCAGGGCCGGAGCGUAACUUUGCGGCCUCCUCGUCGACCCCUAAGGCCCUACCGUCUGCCCCCGAACCCUCCAGUCCCAGCGCCGCGGUGUCUGAAGGGAUUCCUACGCCUCCCGCGGCUGCCUCCGCGGCCCUGGAGCUGCCUCUGAGGCCCGCAGCCUUGGACUCCCCGCCGCUUGCCGAAGCCGCUCCGCGCUCCCCUCCGCAGCCUGGCGGCUCCCGACCCGGCCCCGAGACGUUCCGCCAGCGUUUCCGGCAGUUCCGCUACCAGGAUGCCGCAGGCCCGCGGGAGGCGUUCCGGCAGCUGCGGGAGCUCUCGCGCCAAUGGCUGCGACCCGACAUUCGCACGAAGGAGCAGAUCGUGGAGAUGCUGGUGCAGGAGCAGCUGCUCGCCAUCCUGCCCGAGGCGGCGCGGGCUCGGCGGCUUCGCCGCCGCUCCGAUGUGCGCAUCACGGGCUGAGCGGCGGAGCUUCGGGCGGCCGGGCUCGGGAGUUCUCUGGACUGGGGCCACUAUCGAGUCCGGGGCUGAACCUGGCUCUCCAUUACACGUUCCUGAGAAAUGACUUUUGGGCAGCUCCAGUCGUCGGAUAUGUCCCUUUCGUUCGUCCUUUACUAGGUUUGUUUUCCCGAGCCUAUUUACUUGCGACCUCCUUUUUGGCUGGUGGCGAGGCCAAGUUGGGAGCCCAUGAGAAUAAAGCCUUUGUUUUCUGU